CCAUCCGUAAAUAUUUGUAUACCGUUCUUGUUUUGUAUGUAUUGUUUUGAGGUUAUGUGACAUUCAUUGAAUGAUUGUUUUAAAACAAUCGUACUAUUUUCUUUUUUGCUAAUAUUAUUUCCUAUCGUGUCAAUACAUUUUAGUUUUAUAUCACUGAGGGCUAGGGGUUUGUCAAAAUCGUUUAAGUUUUUUAAAUUUAGGUUGUUCUCAGAGUUAGGCCAAAAGCUAUCAAUCAUAUCUAAGGAAUGAAUGUAUGCUGGCAGUUUUUUAUUUUUCCAAUAAACCAGAUUCGAGAAAAGAUCUUCAACUUCUAACAGCAGUAAUGGAAAGAAGUGGCAAAUGGACUGGCGUUUUCACUAAUAGUGCUCCAAACUACCUGAGAGGAAAGCAAACCUCUGCUUGUGUAUAGGUAAUCCAGAAGUAGAAGGAGGUAGUGAAGGUAGAAGAGAAGAACGAAUAAGGAACAAAAAAAGAGUUUCGUUCCCAGCCCUUAUAUAGACACAGAGCCAUGAGCGGCCAUUCCUGCCUUAUAAGGAACCUUCCAUCUCCUGCUGCUGUAUUCACCCCACCGCCUCUGCCUCCUGAAAUUCAUGCGGCUGCCCCUGAUGCUUUGCCACUCGCUCAGGGUGAAAACCCUCCCGCGACAGCACCUGAAGUACCUAGAAGGCACUGCGUAGUAUGUCUCAUGGAGUGUGCUUCACACGUGGUCACUCGUUUUUGCAGGCACAACAGCACAGACACAGAGCCAUGAGCGGCCAUUCCUGCCUUAUAAGGAACCUUCCAUCUCCUGCUGCUGUAUUCACCCCACCGCCUCUGCCUCCUGAAAUUCAUGCGGCUGCCCCUGAUGCUUUGCCACUCGCUCAGGGUGAAAACCCUCCCGCGACAGCACCUGAAGUACCUAGAAGGCACUGCGUAGUAUGUCUCAUGGAGUGUGCUUCACACGUGGUCACUCGUUUUUGCAGGCACAACAGCACAGGUGUAUAUAGAACAUUUUUUGGUUGACAGCCGACGGCCAUGGUCAGUCAUGCAAAUUGAUAUCACCUGAAGUCAUCCGAAUAUGACACCGAGCCUCUUCUCCAUGCCCGCCUAAACGAUGUGUCCACCAUGAACAAAAUAAAAACAUUGUUGCUUAUUAAAUGAUUCAUGUUUUGCAUUA